GGAGAAAGCUGUGUCAGCUCCAAAUCCUGAGAGAUUUCUCGUCUCUCCCUUUCCAUCUCUCUAGCGUCUGAUAUCUCCCAUUCCAGUGCAUUGGCCGUUCUUUGCUUCUCUUUGUGGAUUCUUUCUUUGUCCGUCCGUGUUUGUUUGGUUGGUUCUUGAGGAGAGAGUUGGACCAGUUGGUGGUGUCCUCUUUGCCCAUCGAAAUGGCCGUUCUCCAUGUAGCCGGCGGUGGCCUCCUCCGUUGCUGAGUCGGUUCUCCUUGGAGAGGAGGGUGAAGCGCAGGGAGGACUUGUUUGUCCUCUUCCGCUUCCUCCCUCCCGAAAUGAAUCUGUGACCGAGACUGCUUUUCUUGAACGGAUAAAUGUGUUUCGAGUUUUAUUUUAAGAUUUGGCUCUUCAUCAUUCUCCUCUUCUCAGAAAUGUGCGUUGACUGCCGGUUUGUUGGCUGUAUCUGAGUCUGUUCGAAGAUUUCCAGACAUCUUGUGGUAAUAUUUCCAUCUUGAUGCUUCUUUCUCCGCCUCGAGAUUGCAUCUUUUCGACGAAAGAGAAUGAAGAAGAAAGAUCAGGGAGGAAGAUGAAGUUGACUUCAAAGGAAUGGAAGUCUCUCAUGUCUCUUUGUUUGCGAGGGAAACCUUCCAUCCCUUUCUGUAUCUUCCCCAAGGUUCGUUCGGCUAGCCACUCUCCAGGCAGCGCACCAGUUUAUCUGAACGUAUAUGAUUUGACACUGAUGAAUGGUUACAUGUACUGGGUAGGCCUUGGGGUAUUUCACACAGGGAUCGAAGUACACGGUGUUGAAUAUGCAUUUGGAGCGCAUGACUACCCAACAAGUGGGGUCUUUGAAGUUGAGCCUCAUCAAUGUCCGGGAUUCAAGUUUAGGAAAUCGAUAUUGAUGGGUACAACUUGUUUAGAUCCACGACAAGUUAGAGAGUUUGUGGAGGUACAGUCUGUAAACUACAAUGGAGAUAGUUACCAUUUGAUCGUGAAGAACUGCAACCAUUUCUGUGAGGACAUCAUUUAUAAGUUGACCGGCAAUUCAAUUCCAAAAUGGGUGAAUCGUCUUGCGAGGAUAGGCUCCUUCUGCAAUUGCCUUCUUCCUGAGGCUUCCAAGAUAGCAGCAGCUCCCGAAGACCCCGAUUCACCAACCGAGGACGGCGAGAAAAGGAGACUUAGAACUGCUUUCAGUUGCUUAUCUUCAAUUUCCAUGCGUCCAAGACACUUGUCCACACCUUCAGUUUUCUUGCCUUCUUUAAAAGGGUGUUUUCCACCAUGGCAGUUCAGGAGGUCCACCGCCCUUCCUUUCAAGGAUCAUGAUGAUCAAAAUUGUGACUACAUCCAAAGAAAAGAUCAAUAGAUGUUUCAGAAAUCCUUCUCUCUGCUCGGAAGGUUUUCAUGAUGAUAGGAGCUGAACAUAAAAGGCGGAGAACCCCUAAAAUAUAGUGUUUGCUCUGUUAUCGGUGUUGUUUCAACCGUAAAAGCCGACUCUCAACCUUUGUGUAACUCCUCCUGUGUUGUGUUUGAACAUUUUGAAAUGUAUGUAUUUUGUCACAGCAGUACCAAGUUUUUGUCGUCAGCUGCUGUUCCCCAAAAUUCCAAACCUUCUCUUGUUGUAUCUGUACAGCUCUUUUCCUCAUAAGCUACUUGGUGUUCUGGAUUAA